AGAAAAAAGAUAGAAACAAUGAGGAUAAAUCAGCUAGUGAUGGUUUCUGUGCUGCUGCAUUACCUCUGCCCGGGCGUUGUGUCAGACGACUCAAUUCCUAUUCCAGCUAGUAAGGACGAAGUGAACAGUUGGUUCACCGCCAAUGUACAGCCCCCUUCAGAGAGAAAGAACCUCGACCCCGCUCUGGCUAAGGCGGAGACUAACCCCAAACAUAUUAGGGUGUCUAAGGACGGGAAGGGAGAUUUCAAAACCAUUAAUGAAGCCCUAGACAGCGUCCCCAACGGCAACACACAGCGAGUCAUUAUUUCAUUAGGCCCCGGAAACUACACGGAGAGACUGAAGAUCGUGAGGGAGAAGCCCUUCAUCACUUUACACGGCGACGAUAAGGACAGGCCGUCCAUCAUUUACGGCAGCACAGCCGCUCAAGACGGCACCGUUUACAGCGCCACGGUCAUCGUCGAGGCCGAUUACUUCAUGGCUAUUAGCGUUAACAUCAUCAAUUCGGCCCCCAGGCCGGACGGCGUGAGAAAAGGAGCUCAAGCCGUGGCUCUAACGCAGAGCGGCGACAAGGCCGCGUUCUACAGCGUGAGACUACACGGAUUCCAGGACACGUUUUGUGAUGACAAGGGCAGGCAUUUCUUCAAGGAUAGCUACAUUGAAGGCACCGUGGAUUUCAUCUUCGGGAAUGGGAAGACUCUGUAUGUAGAUACAGAAUUGCACGUGAUUGAAGGUGAUAAUAUGGCGGUGAUCACCGCACAAGCACGGCACACAAAGGCAGAGGAGACAGGGUACUCUUUCGUGCAUUGCAAAGUCACAGGGGUUGGGGAAGGGGCUUUACUAGGCAGAGGAUGGAUGGCCUUUUCCAGGGUCAUAUUUGCCUAUACUGUUAUUAGUGAUGCCAUUAAGCCUGAGGGGUGGCAUGGGGUCCCGGGCAAAACCCACUAUGGAGGAAACACAUAUUUUGGAGAAUAUAUGAACAGCGGACCGGGAGCUAAAAUGGAGGGGCGGCCCAAUUUCGUGAAGAAGAUGACGCAAGAAGAAGUAAAUCCAUACGUCAGCCUUGGUUUCAUAGAGGGUUCCAAAUGGUUGCUUCCCCCGGUCAAAGCUGCACCUGCAAGGAAGCUAAGCCGAGUUGAACUUUAAAAAUUUAGGCUUGGACAAAUUAUGAAAAUCUAAAGUCUGAACUUAGGCUUAGGUCUGUGUAUAGGCUCUUUUUUUAGGCUCAAGCUUGAGCCUACAGUUUACCUAACUUGGCCUGAAGCUUUUUUUAAAAGCUGUAUUUAACAUAUAGCCGCUUCAAAAUAGGCUUUGAUAGGCUUUGGGUCUAUUUAAAGCUCUUCCAUUUUUAAGUCUUUAAUAAAAAUAUAUUUGUAAAAAAUUUACAAAAAAAUACAUAAGUUCAAUUGUAUUAUUAUUUGUUAUCCUAUAUAAUAUCAUAAAUAAUAAACAAUCAAUUCAUAUAA